AUGAGACAGCCGGGACCCUGCGCCCAGGCUCCCUCGAGGGCCCGGGCAGGGCGCGCCCCAGGACCCAGGCGGGCGCGAGGAGCGAGGCCCCGGCUCCGAGUCCCCCAGAUUUUCUUCUCCGUCGUCGUCGUCGGGGUCUUGCUGUGGGCUGUACCUGCCUCAGCUGUAACCAUCAAACGUGAUGAUCAAUUACCUGCCUCACAGCAAUGGAAACAUAGCCCUCCGGGAGAAGUGUGCCCACCAGAAUAUUUCCAAUUAGAACCCAGUGGAGAUUGUAACCAGUACAUGGCUGGUGGAGGUUACCCCAAUGAGUCCAACAACUUGCCUUCUUGCUGCCCAUGUAGAGUUUGUAAAUCAGAUGAAGAAGAGCUAAGUCCCUGCACCACGACCAGGAACAGAGUGUGUCAGUGCAACCCAGGCACCUUCCGGGAAGAAGAUUCCCCUGAGAUGUGUCGUAAAUGCAGCGUACGGUGCCCCAGUGGGAUGGUUCCAGUCAGUGAUUGUACGCCACAGAGUGACAUCAGCUGUGAAGAAAAAUCAGGUACAAAGCCCACUGGGGAAGCCCCAGCUGCGGAGGAGACAGUGCCUGCCAGCCUGGGAACUCCUGUCUUCUCCUGUCUUUUCUCAGGCAAUGGACCUGAUGCAUGGAUGAUUUUACUCAUAGUUGUGUUGCCUCUGUUUGUGCCCAUACUGAUUAUCUAUUGGUGCAUCCGCUCAGGUCGUGGAAGAGACUCCCGGUGCAUGGACAGCGUCCGUUCUUUCUGCUGGUGGCCUCUACGAGGGCCUGAGGCUAAGGACAAUGAUCACAACGAGAUUCUGAGCAAUGCAGACUCGAUGUCCACUUUAGCUUCUGAGGAGCCAGUGGAAAGCCAGGAGCCGGCAGAUUUGACAGAUGUCAUUGUACAGUCCCCCGGGGAGGCACAGUCUCUGCUGAGACUGGCAGAAAAUAAAGGGUCUCAGAGGACAAGGCUGCUGGUUCUCCCAAAUGGCGCUGACCCCACUGAGGAUCUCUUGCCACUCAGUAUUCCAUGGAAGAAGGCAAAGGGGAGCCAGCACAUCACAUGGUGAGAGGGAGCAAGAGAGAGGUGAGAGGUCCCAGACUCCUUGAAGCAACCAGCUCUCAAGUGAACUCAUAGAUGAAGAACUCAUUCACUGCUGUGGGGAGGGCAGUAAGCCAUUCAUGAGGGUUCUUCCCCCAUGAUCUGAACACCUUCACCAGGCUCGUCUCCAACAUUGGAGAUCAUAUUUCAAUAUGAAACUUGGAGGGGACACAUUCCAAAUUGUGUCAGGCAAUAUGGCUGCAUAGAAUAUUAGCCUCUAUUUUGCCAGGUGGUGCAAAGCACAACCCACACCCAUCAGGUCCAUAAGCAAAUGGACAGAAAUGUCUCAACACAUAGUCUCAGUUUCUGGCUUAGGAGUUAUUGCUGCUUCCAACACUUGUAGUCCCGGUCCUGUGGCCACUGCACCAGGUGGCAGGUGGGAGGAGAGGAGAAUUGAGGUAACACGGUGAAGACAAAAAUGGCAGUCAUUGGCCAGGCGCGGUGGCUCACAUAGGUAAUAACAGCACUUAUGGGAGUCCAAGGCAGGUAGAUCACCCGAGGUCAGUAGUUCAAGACUAGCCUGACCAACACAGUGAAACCCUGUCUCUGCUAAAAAUACAAAAGUGAGCUGGGCAUGGUGGCGGGGGCCUGUAGUCCCAGCUACUUGGGAUGCUGAGGCAGGAGAAUCACUUGAACUCAGGAGGCAGAUGUUGCAGUGAGCUGAGAUCGUGCCACUGCACUCCAGCCUGGGUAACAGAGUGAGACUGUCUCAGAAAAAAACCAACAACACCAUCACCAAAAUGACAGUCAUUAUACUGGCAUCCUCCCCACCCCCUCAUCCCCAGAUCCACUGGAAAAUGACAGAAAGGCCAGCAGGGACACUCCUUCAGCCCCACUCGUGUGGAGUGGGGCACACACCGGUGAAGGAGUGGAAGCCAGCCCUUCAUGCCUUGAUUUCCCCCUAUUUUAGAUUUGUUUCAGUUGACUGUUCUGCUUCCUCAUCAAAUUAUCACUCUAAGAAGGAUACCUCUCAGCCCAUUGCUAAACAUUCUGCGCUUGCUGUAGGGCGUGCUUCUUGGUCUAUGGAAGUGUGACGUGGUGGUCCAAACUAGAAUAAUCCCAUUUUUCUAUUAAUAGUUCUUUUCUAUUAAUAACACUCUGGGGCCAGGUGCAGUGGCUCACAUCUGUAAUCCUAACACAUUUGGAGGCCGAGGUGGGUGGAUUCUUGGAGCUCAGGAGUUCGAGACCAGCCUGGGCAACUUGAUGAAUCCCACCUAGCCUAUUUGGCUUUGCCUUCUUCCAUCAGAGGGGUGGCCUUCUAAAGAGGAUGUUGUCCAUUCACUGAGGAACGACUGUCUACAAACUCAGUAGCUCUUGGUCAGUCAGUAAAGAGCUGUUUAUGGGGCACUGUCCAAGUGACUGUAGAAUCCAGCAGCUCAUUCCCCAGUUCCAGAGUUAGUCGGAGGGAAAAAGAGGCUCCCUGCUCAUGAGUGUCUCCUCCUUGCCUUCCUCAGACAAGAAACCAUUUCCAUUUUAUAACAGAACUCUUUUGGGACUGCCCUCCCCGUUAGAGCAUUUCCAAGAUCACUGAAGACAUCAUGUGUAUUUCAGGUUUCAAGAUUAUUUUGUCCCUCACUCACAGGGGAGCCUCAGUUAGUGUUCUGCUGCAAGCUAGGAUGUGCCUCUCAAAUGCAAACCUGAGUCUACAGCCCCAGGUCCUGGGAGGUGCUCACAGCCUUUUGCCAUUAGCCCCGGUCAGCGCUCCAGGUGGGGCACAGAAAAUGUGUUGUUAGCUGCCCUCCCGUUUCUAGUCUACACUGUGUGCUCCACCCUCCAGGGCCAAGGGGCCUGAGCUGCUCUGAAGACCUUCCUGCGGGCCCUGGUGGCUCUGGUUAAUGCUGUCAGUCUUCCUGAAGCCCUUGUCCUCUCACCCCCUGCCUGGAUCCAUACCAGCACACAUUCCUGACCACACACAUUCCUCAGUGCCUGUGCCCUGGCACACGUUUCUGGUCCUAACUCAGUGUCUCGGGCCUGGCAGAUGCCCAGGGUGCUCCAUUGCUCAAAUCCUGUGGA